GACCUUAUUAUUUACAUAUUAUCGCUUGGUGACCUUCUAUUUAGAAUUUUCGAGGGGAAUAAGAUAUAUUAGUAAGCUUAUGAGCACUGUAUACAAGUUUCUAAGGUAAUCAGUGUUGUUGUUUGGGGUGGAUUCGAUGUGAUAUCUAUGAUGAUGUUUCGUUAAUGCUGAAGCAAUGAUAAAGGAGUGGUUUGAUUGCUGGCUACGAGAGAAGUGCGCCAGACGAGCGUCAUCGAGUGAAAUCUGCAUGCUACUUCAGUAGGACAAGAGUUCGCCAAACAAAUACAUAACUUCAAACAGAACAAAAAGAACAAAAAAGAAGAGGUCAUUCAUUCCUAAAGCCUCAUCAUGUCUGAAAAGGGAUCAAUUGGCUUAGGAUUGUCCAAGAGGCAGCCUCUGCUGAAAGAUAAAUCAACUCGUGGCGAUGACCAGUCUCUCCUCCCAAAGGCAAUCAAGACUCACCCCCGAGGGAGUGAAGGCGAUGAAAAUGCGAAUGUCUACUUUAUCGGCACGGCCACUACCAUAAUCGAAUGGGAAGGAUUUCGACUACUCACAGAUCCCAACUUCCUCCAUGCUGGUGAUCACGUGCAUCUUGGUCCUGGAGUUACUGCUCAGAGGCAAACUGACCCGGCGGUUGACCUACAUGAGCUGCCAUCACUGGACGCAGUUCUUCUCUCGCAUUACCAUGAAGAUCACUUCGAUCGGUUGGUAGAAGAUUCCCUCAAUAGAGAUUUCUUAAUUGUCACCACGCCUCAUGCGCAUAAAUGCUUGACGUCCAAGGACGAGCCGUUUCGCAAUGUCAAACCACUCGAUUUUUUCGACCAUUUGGAGCUCAAAAAUGAAGAGUUGAAGGCUGGUGAACCUCUUCCCGUCAUCAAAGUCACAGGCAUGCCUGGCAAGCAUAUUCCCCCUGGCCCCCUGGCUGCAGUCAACGACCUGCUUGGUGCUGUUCCGCCAACAAAUGGCUGGAUGCUCGAGCUGGGUUACCACAAAGUUGAAAAUGGCAAACUCCAAACUGGCUACCGGAUUUACAUCUCUGGAGAUACUCUUCUUGUGGAUGAGCUCAAGGAAAUUCCGAAGUGGCUUCGAGAAGAGCGUAUCGAUCUGAUGCUCAUCCACCUUGGAGGCACCACUAUCCCUGGGCCAUCUGCACCAUUGAUCAUGGUCACACUUGAUGCGAAGCAAGGUGUUGAGUUAAUGAAAAUGAUGGAUCCAGAGGUUACAAUUCCAAUUCAUUACGAUGACUACGACGUAUUUCUGUCUCCCCGAAAAGACUUUGAGACAGCUGUAAAGGAAGCCGGGAUGGAGGGUCGAGUAGUAAUUCUGGAUCGAGGCGAUACAUAUGGGUUUUCUGUGAAGAAGAACUAAAACACGUUGGAGCUUGACUAAUCGAUGAGCAAACUACUUUGAUUUUGAAUGGAGCGCUGGUAUGAAGCAAUUCUAGGAUUCUGUCAAUGUCAAUAUGCGUGCGGCGAUAAAUACAUUCCUUUAAAGCUUGGGCUUAGGAGAAAGAAAGACGAGAAAACGGCAUCCCUCUCACAAUAAGAGUGUAUACUGAGUGGUAUUAGUUAGGUAGUCAUUGGAGAUAGGUCAUUAAGGAAAACUUUAC